CGCACCAUCGGAAAAGUCAGAAAGAUGUUGGGAAUAGCCGUUGAUCCGCUCCAGCAUACGAGCAUGUAUGAGCGAGGCUCAGAUGAUAGCGAAGACAGCGAUGGAGAAGGUGGCCUGGGCAAUGUCUCCAGGGUUAUCAUCCGUCCGCCGGGUCAAAGCGGCAAGGCCAAGAGAGGUCACCUUUGCUUCGAUGCCGCCUUUGAGACAGGAAACCUGGGCAAGGCUGAACUAGUAGGGGAAUUUGAGUACGAUCUCUUCCUAAGACCCGAUACUUGCAAUCCUCGCUUUCGUUUCUGGUUCAACUUUACUGUGGAUAACGUCAAACAGGAUCAACGAGUGCUCUUCAAUAUAGUAAACAUCAGCAAGAGCAGGAACCUCUUUGCCUCGGGACUGACUCCUCUGGUAAAGAGUUCCAGCCGGCCCAAAUGGCAGCGUUUGCCCAAGAGACAGGUGUUCUUCUACCGAUCGGCCAUGCAUCAGGGUCACUAUGUACUGAGUUUCGCCUUUAUUUUUGACAAGGAGGAGGAUGUUUAUCAGUUUUGCUUGGCCUGGCCAUAUAGUUACUCCCGCCUGCAGUCGUAUUUAAAUGUGAUUGAUGCCAGACAGGGAGCGGAUAAAAGGUUUACUCGUUGUGUGCUCAUCAAGUCCCUGCAAAACCGCAAUGUGGAUCUGCUGACCAUUGAUCAUGUGACCCAUAAGCAACGGUCUACGAAUCGCUUGGAUCGUAGCUUCAUUCGCGUAAUUGUUAUCCUUUGCCGAUCACAUUCUAGCGAAGCUCCAGCCUCUCAUGUCUGCCAGGGUCUGAUAGAGUUCCUGGUGGGAAAUCAUCCUAUUGCUGGUGUCCUAAGGGAUAAUUUCGUCUUUAAAAUAGUGCCCAUGGUGAACCCGGAUGGUGUCUUCCUGGGGAAUAAUCGCUGUAAUCUGAUGGGUCAGGAUAUGAAUCGUAAUUGGCAUAUUGGCUCGGAAUUCACACAACCGGAAUUGCAUGCAGUGAAGGGAAUGUUAAAGGAAUUGGAUAAUUCAGAUACCUAUCAAAUAGAUUUUGUGAUCGAUCUGCAUGCCAAUAGCAGCAUGCAUGGCUGUUUUAUCUAUGGGAAUACCUAUGAGGAUGUCUAUAGAUAUGAGCGGCAUCUAGUUUUCCCUCGACUCUUUGCCAGCAAUGCUCCGGAUUAUGUGGCGGAUCACACCAUGUUCAAUGCGGAUGAGCGGAAGGCAGGCAGCAUCCGAAGAUUCAGUUGCGAAAGACUGAGUGACACGGUUAAUGCCUACACUUUGGAGGUUUCCAUGGCGGGACACUACCUCAAGGAUGGCAAGACUAUAUCCCUGUACAACGAAGAUGGAUAUUACCGCGUUGGCAGGAACCUGGCCAGAACUCUGCUGCAGUACUACCGCUUCAUCAAUAUCCUGCCCAUGCCGAUUGUGAGUGAAGUAAGGGGUAAGAGACGUGGUCGUAACCGUCAUGCCCAUCACUCCCGAUCCCGCUCCAAAACCCGCUACGAGGUCAAACCGCGACCCAAGACGCCGCGAUGCCAUGCUCCCAUUGCCUAUACGAAUCUCAGUAUAUGCUAUGAUUCGGGUGGAGGAAACUCCUCGGAUGAGGGAGGAUUCUCACCCACUCGUCCUCUGGCGCCGGGAAGCAGUUGCUUCAGUGGAUAUCGUAACUACAGGAGAGCAGCCACAGCUGGAUCCUGCAUGAAUCCCGCUCACGAUCAGUAUUCACCAUUUGCUUUGGGUGCAAAAACGGGCAGUGAUCAUGGAGGAGGAAUACCUUGUAUUCAUGGUGGAGGUAGAAGCAAGAAAUCAGCUGCCCAGGUCACCAUAGAGGUCCCUUUGCCGGUGAAUGUUCCUCCCAAGCCAUAUCUCUCCAUCAUUGACCUGAAUCAACUGACCAGAGGAAGUCUGAAACUAAAGUCCAAUAGCUUCGAUGCCACAGAUCGGAGAUAGGAUAGUUGUC